CGGCGUAGCGAUCUGUGCGCCAUCGCCUGUGUAAUCGUUACGUCCACGAAUCCACGCCAUCAACCGGGAUGGAGAUCAACAACAGCACCGGCUUUAUGCUGCAAACCCUCCUGAUGCUGGCGAACCACCAGUACAACAACUCGCUCAUCAACCUGAUCCAGAACCGCACGCUCAGCGCCGAGAGCAAUGCGACCACGGGAGAGCUUUCGAUGCCGGAAGAUGUGCGCUGCUACGGCAUCUACGGGUGCUUCCCGAUCACGUACCCGUGGAUCGACGAGAAGCGCCCGGUGGCGUACCACCCGCAGUCACCGACGCAAGUGGACGUGCGCUAUCCGGUGUUCGUGAAGUCACACACGUACCACCCCAGCUUUCUCGAGCUCGACGAGCCGGACAAAGUGCGGCGGCUCGGUAUCCAUCCGAAGGGGCGCAUCUACUUCAUUACGCACGGCUACAUCGAGUCCGGUGAUCGGCCCUGGAUUCAGCAGAUGGUGAACGCGUUGCUGGACAAUGACCCGGACCAGACGGCGACCUGUAUCGUGAUCGACUGGCGUAAAGCAUCCAACCCACCGUACACGCAGACGUGCGCCAAUAUUCGCUUGAUUGGGGCCAUCACGGCACACGUCAUCUAUAUGCUCUACGUCGAGCUCGGAAUGCGGGACCUGGACAAGGUGCACCUGUUGGGCCACUCGCUGGGAUCGCACCUGUGCGGCUACACGGGCUACUACCUGCAGAAGGACUUCGGGUUGCAGCUCGGGCGCAUCACGGGCCUGGACCCGGCCGAACCACUGUUCUCCGACACGGACCCGCUGGUGCGGCUGGAUCGCGGCGACGCCAAGUUCGUGGACAUCGUCCACUCGGACGCGUCCGAGUGGGUGAGCAAGGGUGGCCUCGGGAUGUACCAGCCGAUCGGGCACGUCGACUUCUACCCGAACGGGGGCUACAACCAGCCGGGCUGCAACGACCCGAUGACCAAGUUCAUCCGCAAGCACGACGAAUCGUUCUUCUGGGGUUUCCAGGAGUUUUUCGGCUGCAACCACCUGCGGUGCCACCAGUUCUUCACCGACAGCGUCGUGCACCACCGGUGUCCGUUCGUGGCGAUCGGCUGCGAGUCGUACGCCAAGUUUCUGCAGGGCGAGUGCUUUGAGUGCGACCGGGACGGCCAUUACUGCAUCGAGUUUGGGCUGGGCGCCCGUGACAGCUACGCGCGGCUCAUCGAGAACGGUAUCAUCGUUAACCAGCAGGCCCCGCUGAGCGUGUACAUGAUCACGGGCGCGGAACCACCGUACUGUCGGUCUCACUACCGGGUGAUGCUACGGGUAUCCGGCGCCGAUGAGAGCCUGAUCCACGGUGGCGAGAUCGGCAAGAUGUCGCUCGAGCUGCACGGUCAGGCGAACCGGCGCUCGGGUAGGAUGGACUUCUCGCAGGAUCCGGUGUACUUCGAGCCAGACCAAAACUACUCGUCCAUCAUGGCCGGCGCGGACGUGGGCGUGCCACUGAAGGCGAUGCUCAGCUGGGGCUACCGGACCAAUCCGCUCAACCCGCUGACCUGGCGGCUGCUAGCGUCACCGCGCGUGUACGUCCAGGAGAUGGUCAUCCAGCUACUGGAGGCACGCACUAGCGUGCGCUUCUGCCCGCUCAACCAGCUGCCCGUGCUGGCCGACGCGGACAACGAGUUCAAAAGUGACUACUGCUAGACGUCCAUCGUCGACCAGCUAGCAAUCCGAUCGGAUCCCUGCGGACUUGGGACUAGCCGGCCGUCCAAGUACACCCAAGUCCAAGAUGGCCUAUUCCUUAUUGCUAAAAUGCUCUCCGCCGGCGGCGGCGGGACCAAAGAAUAAAGAAAAUAAAUACAAUUACAA